UCGUGAGCGGUCGAUUUUUGGCAUUGCUUGCCUGGCACCGCAAGUCAAAACGUUACGGCUGCGGACUCAAUAGGGACUUCCUAUCUUUCUGAGGUCUAGCCGGGAACUCUGUUGCUCUGCCGGGAUGCCGUUGUGCAGUUGUGCUUUGAUGUUUCCCAUGAAUAGGCCCUUAUUAUUUCGGGUUUGAUAAGCUACGUGACACUUUCCAGCUGCGUGUUAAAAGCUUUUGGGUUUCAGACGGUGAAAAGGAUUUUUACUCCUUUUGUUGUGUUUGUUUGAAGACCAAAAUGGUUCCUUUGGGGGAUUAAUAAGCCCCAGGGGAAGUGUCAAAUCGGUGCGUAGGUGAUACCUUGUUUGUUGAGGGGGUUGUAAAACCGAGGAAACCCUUUGUAGAAGAUCGUGCGGAGGAGAAAACGGAUGUUUUUUAGCGGUAAAGUUCUGGAAGUCAACUGGAAAAAUGCGUGCAGCCAGACACAAAGGUUGGGUCGGAAAUUGAAUGCCAUUGUGGGGGUAUUAGAGAAAUGGCAAAGUGAAGAUAAACGACCCGGCUGUUUUGAAUUGGAUGGGUCUGACGGAGAAUUAUGUGUGAAUUGGAUCCGAAUCAUGAAUGAAAGUUUUAUUUUUCUAGCAGCCUAGAAUAACAUAAGCCAGCUGUGAGAAGGGAUGAAUACCACAAUGUGUUGCUUUUGAUCAGUGAUGUAAACCUGCUUAUAUCGCACGUAUGCAAAACAUCUGUAUGAGUGAUUAAUAUACGAUUUGAAAAAUUACCCUGACGGUGCGAAAAAUACGGGGUAAUCUAUGUGCCGAUCGGUUGUGUCCCAAAUUCCGAUCCAGUGUAAAACCAUACGAAAACCCAACUUUGAGAGGGUAGCAAUCAAUCACAUUUCGUGCUGCGGAGCGUGCAUCUUGACAGAUCCCAAAUAGGAUUCAAGUGGAUUAGCAUUGAGUGGAACCGAAUUGAAUUAGGCGACUCACCCCCGCAUUCCCGUGUUGUAUGUGUGUUUGUGGUUGGAUGCGAGAAGUGUUGCACUGAAAGCGAGUGAAAAUUUUCGUGAAGCAACUGUCGGUUCCAAAAGUACGUAUCAAUCAUCGUACGGGCAAGCAUCGGAUCGCAAAGUGCAUCGUGCAAUAACAUCGUCGUGCUGUUCGUGUGCACCAGAUGCAACCGAUUUAUUAGCGCCAAGGUUCAAUUAUGAAUGAGGCGUCGCCGGCGAUCUGACUCACCGAGGCCGCAAAACAAGGAAGAGUUGUUUGUCAGAAAGAGUUGCGUUCCCAAGCCCUCGUACGGUUCCGGCAAAGAGCGCAGUAAUAUAAUCAAAACAGAUGAGCACCUGCUCCCAGACAAUCCAUUGCUGACACUCGAAUGAUAAACCCCAUCAGCUCACUACAUCAUCGCAUGUACAUAAAGGAAUGAUUUCCGCAAGCUAGGGGAAAAUUAAUUUUCUCACACUAUAUCCACCACCACGGUUAUCACCACCCACCAUAUCCUAUCGGAUAACACGAGCACGAGUGCGGUGAAUGAUUGCUUAUUAGGGGGGACGGGAAGGUAUCGAUAAAGUGCCACAACAUGUGUUCCCUACCAUCGGUCCGAACGCCCGAUGUUUAGUCUAAUUACGAGCUGCGAUAGAGCGGAGAACAAAGAAUGUCAUCAUUCAAACUCAUGGAUUACUUGAACAUCAGCUCACUGAGCGCGAUGGGUUUCUUCAAUGCCACAAUUGGACCCCCAAUGGGGGCUGGUCAACCGGCGACGGGUGUUCUCGUUCCCCCUGUUGGUGGUCCUUCUCCGCCGGGAUAUGGUACCAACGGUAGCAUCGGUAGCAUCGGCAGCACCAGCAAUGGCUCUCCAUUAGGCUUAUCGGCCAAUUUCAGUGCCAGCAGUGUGCUGUUGAACGCUUCCCCGGCUUCGUUGUUUAAUCUCACGCUCGACUUCGGUAUCGAUGGACCGCAGUCAGCCGGCGUGGGAGGGGAAGCUGUCGGAGGCGGAGGCUUCGCAUCGUUCAAUUCGAACCAUCCACUUAACAACUACGUACAGAAGGAGUUUAUCUUUGAUCGAAAAGAUGUGAGAGUGAUAUUUAUUACGCUAUAUUCGCUUGUGUUUUGCUGUUGCUUUUUCGGAAAUUUACUCGUGAUUCUGGUGGUGACACUUUCGCGGAGGCUGCGUUCAAUAACGAAUUUCUUCCUGGCGAACCUUGCCGUGGCGGAUCUGUGCGUGGGCGUGUUUUGUGUGAUGCAAAAUCUGACAAUUUACUUGAUUGAGAGCUGGGUGUUCGGAGACUUCCUCUGCAAGAUGUAUCAAUUCGUGCACUCGCUCAGCUACACGGCCUCCAUAUUCAUUCUGGUUGUGAUCUGCAUGGAGCGAUACUUUGCCAUCAUUCACCCCAUCACCUGUAAGCAGAUUCUCACCUCCAGGAGGUUAAGGCUAGUCAUUGUGGCGGUGUGGAUAACGUCAGCCGUCUACUCGGUGCCAAAGUUCAUAUUUGUCCGAACGAUUACCAACAAUCUCGGAGACGACCAGAUGGAAACGAUAUGCAUCAUCAAUCGAAGGGCAUACAAUUCCGAGCUGUUCGAUAUAAUUAAUUUUGCCUUACUGUAUGUGCUACCAUUGCUGGUGAUGACGAUCUUGUACAGCCGGAUAGCGAUAGCUCUGUGGAAGAGUUCCCGGGGGUUGGAGCGGCACAUUGCGCUACAGAACACCACCUCGCUGAGUUAUUCGAACAAUUUCAAUCGAAAGCCUAGUAGCAACAAGUACGAGAAGCGAGCAGUUGGAGUCACCGAAAGUCAGGUGUCGGUAGAAUCGGACAAAGUGGUGGUGACCACGUGGCGAUCCCACAACAGUUUUCACCAGCGCCACGGCGCCCAGCUGUCGCAAGUAUCUCAUUCGUCCAACAAUGUGCUGCGGGCAAGACGCGGCGUAAUUCGGAUGCUGAUGGUCGUUGUGCUCACAUUUGCGCUUUGCAAUCUGCCCUUCCAUGCGCGCAAAAUGUGGCAGUACUGGUCAACUGACUACAAAGGCGACUCCAACUUCAACGCGCUGUUCACCCCGCUGACCUUUCUCGUGACGUACUUCAACUCGGGCGUCAACCCGCUGCUGUAUGCCUUCCUCAGCCGGAACUUCCGCAAAGGAAUGCGCGAGCUGCUGCUAUGUUCCUUCAAGAAGAACAAAAACCAAUCGCUGAACCAGCGAAUCCCGUUGCACAACCAUUCCUUACCGACCGAUUCAACCCAUGUAGGAAUUUCACAAUGAUGCUACGACCUGAUCGCGUGUGGCCGGUGCUGUCCCGGCCGCUGGAACCCUUUGGAUUGGUGGAACAGCAGGACACAACGGGGGCGGCCCGGCCGUGCCCAUCCCCUCCAACAACUGCAGCAGCAUCAGCAAGUCGAGAUGCUCGAAUCAGGCGAGCGCGACGGCACCGACGAGCGCAUCGAAGCUGACGACGAUGAUGAUGACGAUGGUGGCCAGCGGGAAGUUCCGCCGCCGACGACGGCAUCAUGCGGACGAUACGGACGACGACGACGACGACGACGGCGAGGACACAGCCACCUACAACGACAAUGAGUGCGCCUCGAUCGGGACGGCCACCGUUGCCCUGUCGACGGUUUACUACGUGGACGGUGAUAACGGCAUCCAAACGCAGCGGUAGAGCCCUCUCUGGGCUCCCCCAUUGUGAUUGUUGUAAAUAGAUUCGUAGUAGUAGGAGACGAGUACAACUCCACGUAAGUUUCACUUUCGCCUAUCGAAGGGGUGGGGUGUAGAAGCGGAAGUAACACAAAAAUAGAUGCUAUAUAAAACGUUGUAAAUUGUUACCAGAGAUUUCGGAAGCAGUAUUUAGGAAGAUGGAAGGUGGGAAAUCGGUCAAAUGAUACUAUUUUCCUACUCUUACAAUCGUAACUCGCAUUAGGCUGGGAACGGUAGGAUGUGGUGUGGUUAAAAAACGAAUGAUUAUCAACGAAAAUAUAAUAAAACUUGUGACACUUUUAAACUAGACUUUUCCGAGAUUCCUGAAUCAAGGCCCGCAGUUGCAUAAAAAAAACUUCCACUUACAAAUCCUCUUGUUGACAGUUUGGGAGUAUCCGCUUGCAGCAUUGCAUUAAUUGAAGACUCUUUAUCAACCAGUAAUUUCGUCAGUUGAUCAAUAUCAGGUAUAUGACAUUUGCUGAAACAUAACUGCAUGUCAUAUUUGACAUGCGUCCUAUCUCGAAUUCUCGUGUAAAAGUAAAUUGCGUCGCCGGAUGCCCAUCGGGACAGUUUAUAAUCUCAACUCUUACUAACAUGCAGAACACAUGCGCUCCUAUGUCUCCAAUGAUCCAGGAGAGAGAUCUUCUUCAACCUUUCGACGCAGACUCGCUGCCCCCAUAUUAUCCGAUAAUUUUUUGAAACCUUGAUACGUAUUGUGGUGGCUACAUUAAAUAUUCAUUAUCGUAUGACCAUGACCAACUCCGAAUUAGCAGAUUUCAUAACCUCACUAAAAUUUAUCUGAUUGGAAUGUCGUCCUUAAUAAGGAUCAGUGGCGUAGCGUGACCUGAUGACACCCGGGGCGGGUGUUUUCGGUGUCACCCUCCAAUCAAAUCUUGUUAUCAAGCCUUUGUUUGCAUUCUUCAAUGAAAAAAUAAAUUUACUGAUCCAAGAGACCUAAAUUUGAGGUUAAUUAUAAUUAAUAAAACGUAAUUUUUCAGCGUUUGGUUUCUAAUUAACAAAAAUUGAAUUAUAGCGAUCACCAUUGUCAGCAACAUAGUUCUCAUUUUCAUCUUUAAAGAAGUACGGGCCAAUGAUUCCAAAGGACCACAAAUCGCACCAAACAACACAUUUUUCGGGAUAAAUUGGCAGCUCUCGUAUUAUUUGUGUCUGCUCAUGUGACCAAACACGACAAUUUUGAUUAUCAACGAAUCCGUUCAACCAAAAAUGUGAUUCAGCGCUGAAGCAUUUUUAACAAAGCAUUGGUUUUGAUAGCAAAAUUCAAUUGUUCGUAAGAUUAAUAAUGAAAUGUCAAUGAACACUUGCAACAUUAGUUUUAAGCAUUUUGAGUGGUUUAAUAUCAAAAUUCAAUUCGCUGAUGGUUAUAUUUCAGUUUGUGAGUUAACAGAGAAGCGAUAUUAGGUAUGUACGGAAAAGUAAAUUCAUUUUUGAGUGGAAAAUUUAAAUUAUUGAAACAAUUGUACUGGUGGGGUAAAACGGACAGUUGCCAGUGUGAGUGAGAUGGACUGUGAAAAGUCUGUUUAAUCUGUUCCUAAGGAAUGCCCUGCGUCUAUAAAUGGAAAUCAAAUCGCCAAAUGUGGACUGUUUAGAAGCUGACUGGAACCAAAGCAAAAAAGUUGAGAGUCUGUCCGUUUAUACUGUUGAAAAGCACGAUAUCACUUCUAGGUGGAUUAAUUCUGUUUUUUCAUCAUUUAACGGACAUUCGUGAUGAGUUCAGACCAAGCUUGAAUAAAAUUAUUCCUCUCGCGAUCGAUAAACGUCUACACUUUAUAUAGAGGGUUUUCCAACUUUAAACUCCCAAAGUAAAUUGAAAUAAAACACACCUAGAAUUCGAAUUUCGAUGAAACUUUUAUUUCAAAUUAAAGUUUGGUUUAUGCCAUUAUGUGUGAAAUACAACAUCAUUCAAAUGUCCACCUAGGGCUUCCUCACACACCUUGAUCCGGAACAGGAAAUUUUCGAUGACUUUUCGGCACAUAUGGGGCGGUAUCUCGGUCAUAACUUCACGAAUGUUGUCUUUCAAAUGUUCAAGAGUUUGCGGAGAGUUGGCAUAGACACGGUCUUUAGCAUAACCCCACAAAAAAAAAGUCUAGCGGGUUCAAAUCGCAUGAUCUGGACGGCCAAUUGGCAUCACCAAAACGCGAAAUUAUGCGUCCCUCAAAUUUCGUUCGCAAUAUGGCCAUGUUCGGUCGUGUUGUGUGGCACGUGGCGCCGUCCUGCUGAAACCACAUGUCAUCCGUAUACAUAUCUUCAAUUUGUGGCCAAAAAAAAUCGGUUAACAUGCGGCCAUAGCGCUCACCAUUCACAGUUACCGUCUCGCCGUCCUCAUUUUCAAAGAAAUACGGCCCGAUGACUCCACCAGACCAUAAUGCGCACCAAACAGUGACUUUUGGCGGAUGCAAUGGCCUCUCAACAAUCACGUGUGGAUUUUCUGAGACCCAUAUACGGAAAUUUUGGGUGUUCACAUAUCCACCGAGCUCGAAAUGUGCCUCAUCACUGAAGAAAAUUUGAUGCGAAAAUUCAGCAUUUUGCUGCUGUUGUUCGUUCACCCAAUCGACGUAUGCCCGACGCAUUCCAUGGUCACCACGCACUAAUUAUUUUAACCAGUUGGACUUUAUAUGGAUGUAGGUGCAAGUCCAAAUGCAAAAUUCGCCACAAUGAUGUGUUUGACAAGCCCAAUUGCUGAGCACGCCGUGGAAUCGAAACAUUCGGGUCAUCCUCCACACUGGCAGCAACAACAGCAAUAUUUUCGGCCGAACGAACAUUACGAUGAUGCACAGGUUUCACAAUAUCCGCUACGGAUCCAGUUUGUUCGAAUUUACGCACUACAUUAGCGAUUGUGUGCUCUGUAGGCCGUCCAUGACGACCAAAAUCCGUCCGUAAUGCUCGAAAAACAUUUGCCGGUUUUUCAUCAUUUUUAUAGUAUAAUUUAACAAAAUUAACACGUUGUGCGAUGCUAAAACGAUCCAUAUUGUAAAAUGGCAGACAUUCAACGAUAUGACGCUUUGGUUGACAGCUAUGUCAAACGGUUGUCAGCGCAGGGCUGUAUACUUUCGGAAGCCCGAAAUGGAAAACCCUGUAUUACAAACCUGUCCAUAUUACCCCCACUAUAUGUCCAUAUUACCCGCAUCGAAAAAUUUUUUGUACUUUCCGGUCUGUUUUAAAACAUUGAAAAACACUUUUUUGUAAAAUAUUUGGCCAAUCAGGUAGAAAAACAGUAUAUUGAAUUGCAAGAAACUGCAUCAAAGUUUCGGGAAACAUGAGUUUCCAAAGAUAUAAUUGAGGUUCUUAUUAAUAUGUCCGUUUUACACCCACCUUGUGAUCUGUCAAAACAGUGCGCUGAAAAACUAAACAGAAAAAAAUCACGAACAACAAAUCGUAAAAUCAUUACACGUCCCGUCUCAACAGCAGCAAAUUGUCUGAACACAUCGUCAAAGUCAACAGAGUUAGUCCAUUUACUUUCGAUUGACAACAAAGCCAAUCCAUUUAAGCAUGCCGGUCCCAUCGUUGACCGCAAAAAAUGUUUAAUUAAUUUCAACUUUGAUAAGCCUCUUCCACUAGCUGCCAUAAAAACGCAAAUCGUUCGUAACAGCUCCAAACUCACUGUGAGAUUUGGUAGCGUUUCUUAGAAGUUCCAUAUCAUGAUGAACUGUAUCACUUCCAAUGUACACUAAUGACUGGCAUCGUCUAGGUUGAUUCCAGCGACCUUCGAAUGUCCACGGAAUCUUGAAAUCUCUAGUAACUACUCGCUUUCCGAAACUUCGUCGUAAAAAUUUGCAAAUUUGGGAAUCAAAGUUUUCAAUUCGCUGUCAGAUACUGCUAACAUGUAUCUUGCUUGAAUUACCGCUACUUAUUUGGGGAUUUUGAUCGCUCUUGUAAUUCUCAACGAAAACAAUCAAUGCCCUUUUCUUCAACAACUUACUAAAUUACCAGCAUGUUCUCCUCAUGAGUUCGAGAAUUGGUUUAUAAGCCCUUGAAUAAGCCUUUUUUGUUUUACUUUCUCUACAAAACCUGAACUCCUUCUGACAUGGUUGGAGCGUUGUCGAAAAUUGAGAAUGGCACUCUAUGAAAACUGAUCCGUCACUCUUCAUUCAAGGGAGUAUGUGUUAUAGUAUAGAAAUAUAAAAUUUUCUAUACUACAACGAUUUUUUUCCUUCAUAUACCUAAAGUUUAGACAUUUAGGAAUAUGACCAAAGAAGGACUUGUCGUAAAUUCCAUCGUUUACCAAGCUAUAGUCAUUUCAGUGAUUUUUCACUUGUCCGAGGCUCAUACGAUAACGGCAUCUUUACUGGUCUGUUCGAUUUUUUUUUGUUUCAGAUAACCAGAAGGGCUGGAAUCAUUUACGCCAUGGCGCAAUAUUUUUUAAGCCCGCUCUCUUCACCAGCUUGUAACUAUUCUAAUUUUGAAUAUUUUUACCGUUUUUCUUGUUGUAUUGUUGAAACAUAAAGAAACUAGUCAUGAAAUAAUGGAUAGCGAAAAUAUUCUUUAUUUCAUCUAUUCAGAGCUCGAAAAAACCCCUCGGGGCUCGAGCACACCCGUCGUUACUCAAAUCAGUAAUCUUUUUCCAUCCAAAACAAAAAAAAACCAAGAAAGAUUCUUUACAUGAACAUUUCCAUGGUGAAAUUGUUCUCUAAAUAAUGACACUAAUCACAGAAUAGACUUGAAUGAAUUUCAAAGAAGACGGGUGACAUUCAUUAUAAAGUUUCAAAGAUUUUUUUUUAAAAACAAAUAUAAUUAUCACAGUCGUGGGUGUCAUCCCUUCUAGGGAGACACCCGGAGAGGACCGUCCUCUCCGCGCCACCUACUCUACGCCACUGAUAAGGAUCUCGUUCUUGUUAAGUUUUGGAAUGCAACCAAAAAUGUAACACUGCCAAAAUUGAUCGAUUUUUUUGGGAUAAAUAUACUGGCCUGUUUGUGCUACCAUGGCUGAACGGUUAGCAUCACACAUUAUCAUGGCGGGGGGUUGGGUUUGAUUCCCGUUCUGGUCGGGGAAUUUUUCGUCGAAGAAUUUUCUUUCGACUUGCACUAUGGUCACGCGUAUUCCAGAGCUUGCCACUCAGAAUACAUUCUAAGCGUGCUAUUUGACACAAAAAAAUCUCAACUAGGUCCGACCAAUAAAAAGACGGGUGGGUAAUGUCGGGGAUAUAACCGAAAAGACGUAGGACUACACAAAGGGCUGUCAAUUCGAAUAACUUUUCAAAUAUCCGAGUAGUUUUUUCUGUAUCUAUUGGUAAAAUUACAUCUCCAACACUCCCAAAAACAUCAUUCCCAAACAAAUAAUUCAUAAAUUAUACUAUCUAUCGCAGAACGGCAACAAAAAAUCCGAAAUCGAUAGUAUUUUAUUUUGUGUAUAACAAUGCACAAUGGUUCAGGAGAUGCAUUGAGGUGAAAACAAAGUUGUUGCAUAUGAUAGAGCGCUCAUUUCUAUGUUGUCAAAAAAAGGUGACCAAAGUUUUCGAUGAAAUAAAAAAUCUAACUUUCUUAUAUUUAUAGAUAGAGGUUAACAUAGUUCAACAAUGUUGUAGCCCCUGUCAUGUUAAGUAACUUUGUAAAACAAAAUAUUUUUCUAUCUCUUGAAAUAACCGAUAUAGCGCCUUUUUUCUAAGUUGCGUUAGGGUCACCAUGCAAAAUACUGUUUUUUUUUGCUCCAACUUUUAUGUUUCAAAUUCUACAUUCAAAUUGUUUUCGAAAAACUUUUAGAACUUACUAAUACAAACAUUUUGCGAUGCAGAACUUGUCAAUAUCUCAACUUCACUCAAAGUUAUUGACAUUUCUACCCAAAAAAACACGCUCUUUUCAUUUGUUUAUCAUUCUUUCAGGGGCAAACAUAAAAAUGUUUGUUGACGGAAUUUGGAAGAACAGAUUUCACUCUAUAUAAUAUGUGAUUUUCAAAACCGAUGAAAUGAAAAAUCUAACUUUCUUAUAUUUAUAGAUAGAGGUUAACAUAGUUCAACAAUGUUGUAGCCCCAGUUAUUUUAAACAACUUUGUAGAACAAAGCUUUUUUCUAUCUUUUAAAAUAAUCGAUUUAACGCUUUUUUCUAAGUUGCGUUAGGGUGACCAUGAAAAAAACGUGUUUUUUCUGCUUUAACUUUUAUAUUUCAAAUUCUACAUCAAAACUGUCUUCGUACGACUUUUAGAGCUUAUCGAUACCAACAUUUUGCGAUGCAGAACUUGUCUAUAUCUUAAUCCUACUCAAAGUUAUUGAUGGUUCUUUACAAAAAAAUAACAUAGUUUUGAAAAUCACACAUCAUGUAGAGUGAAGUACGCUCUUUGAAAUGUCGCCAAUAAACUUUGUUUGCGUUUGCCCCAGAAAGAAUGACAAACCAAAGGAAAGAGCAUGUUUCUUGGGAAGAAAUAUCAAUAACUUGAUAUUAUUGAGAUAUUGACUUGAUACUGAGAUAUUGACAAGUUCUGCAUCGAAAAAUGUUCUUAUUAGUAAGCUCUAAAAGUCUUUCGAAGACAGUUUGCAUGUAAAAUUUGAAAUAUAAAAGUUAGAGCAAAAACAUUUUUUUUCAUAGUGACCCUAACGUAACUUAGAAAAAAGGCGCUAUAUCGGUUAUUUCAAGAGAUAGUGAAAAACUUUGUUGUACAAAGAUGUCUUAAAUAAUUGGAGCUACAACAUUGUCUAACUAUGUUUACCUCUAUCUAUAAAGAUAAAAAAGUUAUAUUUUUUAUUUCAUCGAAAAUUUUGAUUACCCUAUUUUUGACAACAUAAAAACGAGCACUCUAUCAUGAGUAACAACUUUGUCUAAGACAGUUUUGGUCUAGAGAAUAACUGUCGAGCUCUAAUUGCUAAUUUCCACUUGGAUGCAGCUCCUGGACCAUUGUGCAAAAUUUUCGAUGAAAUAAAAAAUUUAACUUUCUUAUCUUUAUAGAUAGAGGUAAACAUAGUUCAACAAUGUUAUAGCCCCUGUCAUUCUAAGCAACUUUGUAGAAUAAAAUAUUUUUCUAUCUCUUGUAACAACCGAUAUGGCGCUUUUUUCUAAGUUGAGUUAGGGUCACCAUGCAAAAUACUGUUUUUUUUGCUCUAACUUUUAUAUAUUUUUUUUUAUAUUUUACAUUCAAAUUGUCUUCAAAAAACUUUCAGAACUUACUAAUACAAACAUUUUACGAUGCAGAAAUUGUCAAUAUCUCAACUCUGGUCAAAGCUCUUGAUAUUUCUUCACAAAAAACACCCCUGUUUUAUUUGUUAAUCAUUCGUUCUGGGGCAAACAUAAACAAUGUUUAUUGGCGGCAUUCGAAAGAGCAUAUCGCACUCUACAUAAUAUGAGAUUUUCAAAACUAUGUAAUUUUUUUAUUUGAGUAAAUUAAAAUUAAAAUAAUGAGUUUUUGGGUGAAAAAUCAUCAAUAACUUUGAGUAGAAUUAAGAUAUCGAAAAGUACUGCAUCACAAAAUAUAGGUCUUAAUAAGCUCUAAAAGUCAUAUGAAGACAAUUUUGAUGUAGUAUUUCAAAUAUAAAAGUUAGAGCAAAAAACCCAUUUUGUCAUGGUCACCUUAAUGCAACAUAAAAAAAGCCUAAAUACAACUUUGUGGAAGAUAUUUAUUCUCUAGACAAAAACUUUGACAAAGUUAUUACAAAACCGGUAAAUUACCGGUAAAAAAAUACUUUGAAAUAAACCAUUUUCUUGAAGAAACGGCUUUUAUUGACAAUGAUUAGUUUACAAGAAAACAUUAAGUUUUCGCGACAAAUUUUGUUGGUUAAAGUAAUUCUCAGGGCCAAAAAUAAUAUUAACACGUUGAGCCCCGGCCAAAAUAGGGAACCGACAGUGAGCUUUUCGUCUGGCCCACGUCGGUCCCAACGAAUCAAUAGUGAACUUUUCGAAAUAUCUAUUUGCAGCUUGGUUGUUGUCGUUUCCAAUGCCGACACUCUUCGAACGAAAAUUCUACUGUCGGUCCGGUGAGAUUGGCACAUAAAAAACGUAAAAUUCAGUGUCAGUCCCCAGGGACCGACGCGGGGCUUAACGUGUUAAGUUUAUCGUCUUCUAAUAUAGAUGGGAUCUCAUCAACGAAAUUUCCAGUAGAGGAAAACGCAUGUUCAGAGUUCAAUGAUGUUGGGCGUAUAGUACGAAGAGCAUCAAAUACCAUUCCCAUGCAUUUGUCUCUGGUGCCCUCUGUGCGAAAACUCUUGUCUGAUGGGUUUCAUCAAUAUACGUUGAGAUUGGGCUGGAUGUUGAGACCUUUCAUACGUCAGCUUCAUAAAGGGUGCAGUUCUUCCGGCAUAGCUGUUCAACAGCGACCAAAACUAGUGCGAGAGCAUCUAAAUACCAACUCCUUUAUCGCUGUCAGUUCUUCAUCGCUGAAGCUUAUCUUGUGUCUCAUUUUCAGAUCAGGCAGCGAUUUUUGAACUGUAGCUCGGAGGUCGUAAGAUCGGUAUAACACUGCCAGUUGGUUUUUUCGAUGUUAUUUUGAUUCUCGAGUGACAUUUCAAAGCGGCAUAUAGACGAAUAUUAUUUAUGGUGUAAAAAUGAAAAUUGCCAAAAUUACCGGUUAUUGAUUGUUAAAUUACCGGUGAUUCGGCAAUGAAAAAUGACCCGGUAAUACCGGUAAAACCGGUUAACAAUCCCUAUAUGCCACAGCUUUGUCAAAGACAGUUUUUGUCUAGAGAAUAACUGUCGAGCUCUAAAUGCUAAUUUCCACUUGAAUGCACAAUGCAAUAAUUGGAUUCUUGCAUAAUGUUUUUUUUUUUUUUUUGUAAACUAAUCAUUAUAAAUGAAAGCCGUUUCACCAAGAGAAUGGUUUAUUUUAAAGUAUGUUUUUCACCGGUAAUGAAAUUUUCGUUACCGAAUAACCGGUUAUUGAAAUUUUGGCACGGUAAUGCAAUCCCUAAUCGCAUGCAUUUAAAAAAAAAUGGACUAACUUCGGUGACAAUGAAAAAAAAAACUACAAAAGAUAAUUCAAUGAACCCAAUUUGUCCUUGAAUGCUACAUUUAUUAAGCCUUCUGAAAAAAAUAUUCUUCGCCCUGCCCUUACGUUAUUUUCCUUUAUUACAAAUACAGUAGACAUCUUUCAUUCGUUUUCUCAUUUUUUUCUCGUUGUAUUGAAUCAAACCUGUUCAUUAUCGGGUGAUUCAACGUUAACCGUAUAUUUCUACAUUUUCCUUCAUUUACAUUCGGGUAGAGACUUCAGUAUUAAAUCGAAUGUUAUAGAAUCAUUUGAAUUAGACAAAUAGUAUUCAAGGCAUGAUUUUUGUUUUGAUUCGCCCCAUAUAUUAACCCAGUUUUUGAGCUCUUCCAAAUAUAGUUGUGCCGGUAGAAACCUGUUAGAGUAUGUAAUAGUUUGAUGACUGCCUACAUUCGUGACGAAAUUCAAGAGAUUCAAUUUUUCUACAGUUUAGUGGCAAGAGCAAUUUUGCACAAAAUGAAUUCUAUCUGAACGAAAUUACAGCUCCGAAAAAAAUUUAGCACUUAAAUAUCACCUAACUGUCCGAACAUUUUCACCACGAUGCAAGUGACCGUUAGAAAUAAGUGCCCAAUAAAACCGCCAUAACAAAUAUCCGACAAAACUAAUUAUUCCUCUUAAUCUGACACACAGCUUCUUCACGAUUGAUGGCAAAAUAUACUUCCAUUUAGGGCACAUCCCACGAUUCCUUUUAGCAUCCCGAGCGGCGCAAAUCCGGCCGGCUUCUUCCGAAAACCGAAACGGUCGUGUUUUUAUUGUCAAAGUUUCACCAUCAAUUACAGACCUGAUUAGGUCCGGAUUGUGCCAAGCUUCCGACUUUAUUAAUUCAUUAUGCCCCAUUGCUGUGCCGUUCGCGUGGGAUCAAUAAUGCUGCCCGAGCUGACUGAAAAUAACCACCAAAUAGCGCGCCCACUGCAAAUGCGAGUCUUGAUUUGGCUCCUAAUUAGGCGAGAUGGAAUUAAGAGCGUUGUGCGAACGGAAGUGCAAGAACUGCGGAAAAAAGCUAGCUUCCUCCCCGGUUUCCCGGCCCAAUGAACCCAAUUCAAUUGAGAACAAAUCGCGCCCUGAAUUGCAACUAAUUUCCAGACUAACGGCCGACGUUUAUUUUCCACCGAAUCGAAAAACAGGACGGCCAAUCGGAAAUCAGACCGAUGAAGUCUUACAAUUGGGAAUGAUGUUUUUUAAUGCAUGGAAAAGUGGAAUAAUUCUGAUGAAUCAUAACAAAGAGUAGCUUUGUAGCGUACAAACAAUAAAAAAAACGAUAGCACUCGUGCAAAGGAGGUCUAGACAUGACGAACCAUCCCUGGAGGGGAACGGGGAAACUCCUUUGUCGCGAUAAACAGUACUGUGAUAAGAAAUCGAUGUAUGGGCUUGAGGGGGACAUUCAGCUGUACAGAAAACCCAUUGAACCAUAUUGUAUGUAAUGAAUUGGGGAGUAUGUCACGAAACAAGCUAGUUUGAGCAGAUUGUAGGUUUAACGGCUUGAAAUAGAAGUAAGUAGGGGAAAUCAACGAUUAAAUGUGUUUUGUAACAGUUCAGUAUGUACAUUCUUGUGUUUGGGAUACGCGAAAGAGAAGAACAAAAUUUAUUUACAGCAAAUAUUUAACAACAAAGAAUAUAACUACUGUAUGGUACGCAUGUACUUAUCAACACAAAACCAAUUAACGAGUUGAACCGAACUGAAUUUCGGGAAGAUGCCAAACAAGAGUGAAAUUGAAAGCACAAAACCAGAUUAUAUAAAAAGAGAAAGUGUGAUUGUUAGAAAAUGUUGUGUGUUUUAUGAAUUGAAGGUUACUAUAUAAAUUCUCCAUUGGUAGGUAUGUGCAGAAAAUAUAUAUAUAUAUAUAUAUAGAAAGAAACAUAUUCUCCUUGAAUUUGUUUUACGACAUAAAACUGUGUUUUUUUUAAUAAACAAUACAUUCGCUAAUA